CACCCCGGAAGAAAACUAAAUCUUCCCGCCAUAAAAAGAAAAACGCUCCUGAGGACACAGAAAAAGAAAAGAUCUGUACAGAAAGUGACGAUGUCAUUAAAGGCUUUAGAGACCAGGUGGAAAACAGCCCUGACCUCCAUCCUGGAGCAGCUGACCGAGCCAGAGUUCAAGAAGAUGCUGUUCGAUCUGGACAGAAUCCCCCAGGGUGUGAAGAGUGGUAAGGUGAGAGAGGAGAUGCCUCAGAUCAUCAUCCAGUACUUCGGGCCUGAAGGGUCCAUCACUGUGAUAGAAAAAGAAAUGAAGCAGAUACCGAGGAUGGACGCUGCAGUCCAGGACAAGCUGCGACCCUUUGUGGACAAACUGAAGAAACAACAGCAGAAAAAAAAGGAGGCGGCGAGCAAAGCUGCAGCUGGUCAACGGAAGAGCUGCAAAUCUGAAAAGGCUGAUCCUGUUGAACCUGUGAAGCUCAAACGGAAGAUGACACAGAAACAAGAUUUGUCCCAGAAACCAGCUGGAUCCACCAAAACCUCCACGGCUGAUCCUGUUGAACCUGUGAAACCCAAACAGAGGAAGUCACAGAAACAAGAUUUGUCCCAGAAACCAGCUGGAUCCACCAAAACCUCCACGGUGGAUCCUGUUGGAUCUGUGAAGCCCAAACUGAAGAAGACUAAGAAGCAAGAUUCGAAUGGAUCCAUCAAAACCUCCAAGGCUCAGAGUGCUGCUGUCCAGCCCGGGACAAAGAAAACUGCAGGAAUCAAGAAGGCCAGUUAGAAAAGCGCUCGCCUGGAAGUGUUAAUCAAAUAAAGUUACAAACAUCUCAGAUCUUCUCCACUGUGAACGCACAAAAACUAGAAAUCAAAGCUCAUCUAUCAAAAAAACUCCAGACUGGCACAAACUCUCGGCACAAUUCCUCUGUGAUAAAGAUUAAGUUAAAGAUUUCACUGCAUUGAUCAUGUCUAACAGUGAACAUUUACUGGGGGAACCUGAAGACGAGGGAAGCCGAUCAUUCAUCAGGUUCUGUGCCAACUUGACUUUGGCUGUCAUAAAAAGCAGUGGGACAAAUCUUUUUCAAAGAUUUUCACUCAGACUGUUAAACUGAUAUCAACUGUAGUAAAAAGAGAAAAAAAAAGUGUUACAUUAAAAAAGGUGCACAGUAGAAAUAUUCUGACUGGUCAAUGGUAGCAGUUUAAAUGACACUGGCAGGAGAUACUCGUGAUAAAUAUUUCAGUGGAUCAAAUCAGACUUGAAAGAACAUUUAACUGCCGUCUGUUUAGUUUUAGAGAAGCUGAGUUUUAGUUUCAGGAAACGUGUUCAAACGAAAAACUGUAGAGAAAGUAUACAUGUAUCUGUUAGGUGUUGUCUUGACUGUGUCCUCUCUAUUUCUGUUGUUUGACUUAACACUGAAUAAAAAGCGAUCUGUGGCGGGUAACCUGCUGUGACUGUUG